CUCCAUUCAUCCUGUCUUCUUAAACCCUAACCCUUCGUUGCAUCCCGUUUCCUUCAAUCCAAUCCUGAUACCGGAGAAUCCUGGAAGCCCAAUCCUAAUGGCGUCCAAUCCCAACGGCUCCUCCUCCUUCGAUCACCUCCUCCUCCAAAGCCUCAUGGGCCGCCUCCAGCUCCGCCCCCCCUACCUCGACACCAACUCCUUCCUCUCCCACAGCCUCGACGACUUCCUCCUCCGCGAUGAGCUCCCCACCGACGACGAAGAUGACUCCGAGGAGGAGGACGGCCAGCUCACCUCCUUCUCCGGGGACGGCGCGAGGCAUCGGGGGCGCCUGGGCAAGGAGGAGGCCCGAUUGGAGAAAGAAAUCAUCAAAAUUGUCCUCUCCGGAAAUGCCAAGGACAAGCUCAAGGCCAAUUCGGGCCAAUCCAUCUCCAUCGGGGACCACGACAUCUGCAUCGGGGUCCACGAGGAGCCGGGAUCCGAGUACCGGGUCUGGGAGUGGCACGGCCACAUCAUGCUGUUUGACGAGGAGAACGGGUACUCGGCCGAGUACAUCUAUGGAAAUUACUUUGAGCGGCUGGCGGACAAGAAGGGAGGAAGGAAGGAUGAAGAGGAGGACGACGACAAGGAGGCGACGAAGGUUAAGGCUGAAGCAAAUUUCGGACUAAGAGAUCUGAUCGGGAAUUCGAAUGAUUCCGUUGGGAAUGGGGGAGGGAGGGUGCUCCACCGAAACUCUUUGAAUGCUGGGACGGCGGCGAAUGCUGGGACGGCGGCGAGGUAAUGGACGAGGGUCAUAUCUGUCACAGAAGGGAUGGCAUCUGCGAAGAAUAUAUACGGUCAUCCACAGUUUUUGUAUCCAGAUGUUCUUCCGUAUCGGUGACCCACUAAACUCAUCCCAUAUCUAGGAUGCCUUCUGUUCAUGCUAUUAUAAUCUGGAUUUAGAAGUUGAUCUCAUGGUUUUAAUGGUGAAUAUUUUUGAUUUGUGUUUAUUUGUGCUUUUUUUGGUUUUGCAUUCCUGGUCCAUGUGAAGUUUCAUACAAAUGUAUUGGGCAAAUUAAAUGAGUUCUAUAAGCUUGUCGCUGGAUAAUCCAUGUAAUCAUUUGGUUCUGAUGGUGAUGUGUCAUACUCUGGCUGUUA